AUGGAGACUUCCUUGUUUAGAUGUUUCUCAUCUAUCAUUACAGAACCUCCCAUUUCCAUCACCCAUUUCUUAGCUGCAACUGUCUUGAUCAUUGCAGUUAUCUAUUUUCUGUUCAGAAGCAAAUGUAUAUACCUUAUCAACUUCACCUGCUACCGCCCUCCUGAUAUCCUGCGAGUUACAAAAUUGAAUUACAUCGAACACAUUGAAACAGAUAAGUUGGUUGAAGAAGAAAGUAUCAGUUUCCAAGCGAAGGUAUUGGAAAGAUCAGGCAUUGGGGUAGAGAGUUGUAUUCCUGUUUCACUACAUGAGAUCCCAGUGGAUACUUCUUUGGGUGCUACUACAAAAAAAACUGAAAUGCCUUUUCUGCCCUAUGCCGUCCAUUACUUCUGUGAUCCUGAACAAGUUUGGAUUCCAGAGUCGAAUAGGAAGCAAGACAAGCGAAUAGCUAAGUAUGAGCUCCAGCAUCUUGUCCAAACACACAUUGAUUCGGAUGAUCAAGCAUACCAAUAUGUUUUCCAGCAACCUGAUGAAGCAGGGCAUGUAGGGGUCUCACUAUCAUGGGCACUUUUACAUGUGGCAGUGAAAGCUCUAAGAAAUAACAUGUCGGACUUGGGGCCACUUGUGUUACCAUAUACAGAGCAGCUCCAAUAUGGAUGGUCAGUGAUCCGCAAGAAACUUUUGCUUUUGCCAAGACAUGAGGGAACUUAUGCGCCGAAUUUCAAGAAGGCGCUUGAGCAUUUCUGUAUACAUGCUAGUGGAAGAGGAGUUCUUGAUGGCAUAGUAGAUAGUCUCAAACUGCACAUGGAAGAUAGAGAACCUUCAAGGAUGACAUUUCAUAAUGGUAAUACUUCAUCAUGUUUGGUUUGGUAAGAGCUCUGCUAUUUGGAGGCAAAAGGAAGGGUGAUGAAGGGAAUCCCAGUGUGGCAAAUCGCCUUCGGAAAUGGCUUCAAGUGUAACAGUGCGGUUUGGAAAUGCAUUUCGGAUAUUGAUCCAACGGAGAGAAAUGCCUGGUCAGACAGAGUCGAUUCCUAUCCUGUUAAUGAGAUCCCAAAUGCAACAUUUUGA